AUGAAGCUUGAAAAGGUUGAAUUAAACUCCAUUCCUAUCUGGAUUACUUUCCCCAACCUUCCUUUUCACUUCUGGAAUGUGGAGGCUUUGAGGUCAAUUGCUAGUGUUAUCGGCAAACCGAUAGCCACUGACAAAAUGACAAUGACUAAGGAAAGGCUCUCCUAUGCCCACUUAUGUGUGGAAAUUGAGGCUACCCAUGAUGUCCUGGAGCAAGUGGCUGUCCAUGAUGAUGAAGGGUUGGUGUUCUUUCAAAAAGUGAAGUAUGAAUGGUGCCCUCCAAGCUGCAAUAGCUGCAUGAUUUUUGGCCAUGCCACUAGUCAAUGUGGUGCUAAUCAAGCUACACAGAAGGGUAACAGCCGAAAAGUGUGGAGGGUGAAAGCUGGUGCUGGUCAUUCUUAG